AUGGCAGCAACACCGGCCAGAAGAGGCGCCCUUCAUCUGCUCAUCGCCUCGUCGCGCAAAACCCACCGCAGCUUCUCCUCGUCACGCAUCAGCGCCGCCUUCGCCAGCACGCCAAAAGCCCAAGCCACAUCCACGACAAGCACGGUCGCAAAGCCCGCCACCACAUCUUCAGCCUACAAGCCCGCAGCACCCGCCGCGCAGAGAACCGUCAGCCCCUCCUUCCCGGCCAAAGAACCCCCGGUCCCCACGACCCGCAACGCCACUGCCGCAGCCGCCACCUCUGGCCAGCGCUCCCUCACCGAUGGCCUCAGCGAUGCGCCCGCCGAAAUCGAGGGCGUCGCAGCACACGACUGGACGCGCUCCUACCACGGCUUAGGCAGCGUCGCCUUCUCCAAGGAGCAGGGCGACAUUCUGCUCGCGCCCGUCGACAGCGGGGACGUCGAAGUCAAGCCCGAUGGCAUUCUGUAUCUGCCAGAGAUCAAGUACAGGCGCAUACUGAACAAGGCGUUUGGCCCGGGAGCAUGGGGACUAGCGCCAAGGGGCGAGAGCAUCGUAACACAAAAGUUGGUCACGCGGGAAUACGGCAUGGUUGUCCAAGGCCGACUUGUCUCGAUAGCGCGCGGCGAGCAGCAAUACUUCGAGCCCGACGGUAUCCCCACCGCGACCGAGGGCUGCAAGUCCAAUGCCCUGAUGCGCUGCUGCAAAGACCUGGGAAUUGCCAGUGAGCUAUGGGAUCCACGAUUCAUCCGCGACUUCAACCAAAAGUACACCAAGGAGGUAUGGGUCGAGCAUCAGGCGACCAAGAAGAAGAGGAAGAUCGUCAUCAGGAAGGACGACACUGUCAAGUAUCCUUUCAAGGAGAGCAAGAUGGGCGCAUAA